GUGAAUUAGAAGAACUGCCAAAAUGGCCGCCACUGGCACUUCUUACCCCAUGAACGGAGGAAAUGGGCUCCAUAGCUACACCAACAACUCCAAAUUUCAGAGAGGGCCGGCAGAUGCCAUAAAGCAAAUGACGAACACAGCCAUCGUCGACAACAACGUCUCGUUCGCUUCCAACAACACGACGACGAUUCGAGUAGGAGACAUGGGCUGCUCAGUGGGACCGAACACAUUCCUCUCCCUGCAAAACAUACUCCAGUCCCUCCGCUGCAAGAUGGCCAACGAUUCCAUCGAGUACCAAGUCUUCCUCAACGACCACACGUCGAACGAUUUCAACACCCUCUUUGCCCAAUCCGUGCCCCAUCAGGAUUCCUACUACGUCGCCGGGGUGCCCGGUUCGUUCCACGGUCGCCUCUUCCCCGCUGCUUCCCUCCACGUGGUCCACUCUUCCUACGCCCUGCAGUGGCUUUCCCGGGUCCCAAACUCGGUUCUGGACUGCAAUUCCCCUGCCUGGAACAAAGGGGAGAUAUGUUACUGCUCUGGGGCUACUGGUGGUGGUAAAGAGGAGUCGAUAGUGGGAGCUUACAAGGAGCAGUUUGGGAUGGAUUUGGGUUGCUUCUUGAAUGCCAGGGCAAGCGAAGUUGUUGGUGGUGGGUUGAUGUUGGUUGUGAUCCCUGGAAGGUCUAAUGAGACCUCUCAUUCUAAGGUCACUUCCAAUGUUACCUACAGUCUCCUGGGUUCUUGCCUCAUGGACAUGGCUCACAAAGGUCUGAUAAGCGAGGGGAAAGUCGACAGUUUGAACAUCCCAAUAUACUUUGCUUCGCCAGAGGAAGUGGAAGCAGCAGUGGAAGCGAAUGGAAGUUUUGGGAUCGUAACUAUGGAGUGCAUCAAACAAGGCAGAGGUCCUGGUACUGCUGAAUCGAAAGCAAGGGCAAUUUCAGCCCACAUCAGAGCUGGAAUGGAAGAGCUUCUCAAGCUUCACUUUGGAGAUGAUGGUGAUGGCGACCGCCAAACCGUGUUCCCAAUGGAUGAGCUCUUCCGCUCUUAUGAACACAAGCUCCUGACUUGUGGCUUCUUUCAAGGCGACAACUCUGGUGAAGCCUUCACUUUGUUUGCCGCGCUUAAGCGUAAACACCAGUAGCAUAGCAGGGACGUUCCAUUUAAGGUGUUGGACCUUCGUGGUGGGUUGGUUUGGUUGGGUGUGCACGGCGUGUGUUGUUUGCAAUAAAGUUAAACCGUACAAAACUACAAAUGCUUACUAGUCACUUGUCCGGCCGGUUGGCCGGAUUCAUUUAUAAAUCAUAUCAGGCUGUGGUCGAAUGAAA